GCAUGGCAUGGAAGACAAAGACAACGUGCUACAAGGGCAGAGAAACUAAGGUUUCAAGCUCUGAAAGCUGAUGAUCAAGAAGCAUACAUGAGAUUAGUAAAGGAGAGCAAAAAUGAACGAUUAACCAUACUUCUUGAAGAAACAAAUAAGCUCCUUGUUAAUUUAGGAGCUGCUGUUCAACGUCAGAAAGAUGCUAAACAGUCAGAUGGCAUUGAAACCUCCAAAGGCUCAGAAUCUGAUUUAUCUGAGGUGGAUGCUCCAAAGGAUGGAACCCCUCAGGAUUCAUUUCCUGAUAAAGAUGUAGAGAUCACAGACUCUGAUAACAAUGAUGACUCUAAUGACCUACUGGAAGGUCAGAGGCAAUACAACUCGGCUAUACACUCAAUUCAGGAGAAGGUUACUGAGCAACCAUCCAUUCUUCAAGGUGGAGAAUUAAGAUCAUACCAGUUAGAGGGACUACAAUGGAUGCUCUCUUUAUUCAAUAACAACCUGAAUGGAAUUUUAGCUGAUGAGAUGGGUCUGGGAAAAACAAUACAAACUAUUUCAUUGAUUGCUUAUCUUUUGGACAAGGGUGUGGCUGGGCCUCACCUGAUAGUGGCUCCAAAAGCUGUCCUACCAAAUUGGAUAAAUGAAUUUUCAACAUGGGCCCCUAGUAUUGCCGCUGUUCUCUAUGAUGGGCGUUUAGAUGAGAGAAAAGCAAUGCGAGAUGAGUUAUCCGGAGAAGGAAAAUUUAAUGUACUAAUCACUCACUAUGAUCUUAUCAUGAGAGAUAAAGCGUUUUUGAAGAAAAUUAACUGGUUCUACAUGAUUGUUGAUGAAGGCCAUCGAUUGAAGAAUCAUGAGUGUGCUCUUGCAAGGACACUUAUCACUGGCUACAGGAUUCAACGUAGACUUUUGUUAACUGGGACACCGAUACAGAAUAGCUUGCAGGAACUUUGGUCAUUGCUUAAUUUUCUUCUUCCAAAUAUUUUUAAUUCUGUCCAGAAUUUUGAGGAGUGGUUUAAUGCUCCUUUUGCGGAUCGUGGUGAUGUUUCUCUCACUGAUGAAGAAGAGCUGUUGAUUAUUCGACGUUUGCAUCAUGUUAUAAGGCCAUUCAUAUUAAGGAGAAAGAAAGAUGAAGUAGAAAAAUUCCUUCCUGGAAAAUCCCAGGUCAUACUGAAAUGCGACAUGUCAGCGUGGCAGAAAGUAUAUUAUCAACAAGUUACAGAUGUGGGCAGAGUUGGACUACAUACUGGUUUGCAGUUCUACAACAUGUUUUUGUGUUUUUAUCCUGUCAUCAUCUAUGAUUAUUUCUGUCCUCUUUGCAUUGUCCCAUUUGCUGUCUUAUGUCAUUACCUACUAGGUGGUGGCAAAACUUUUCUUGAUACGAAGCCUGAUUUUCUUACCAGUUCUAAAAGUUAUGUCCUUUCAGAUUGCACCAUCAGAAGCAAACAGCUCUUCCCAUUUAUCUUAUGCUCAAAUUUGUUGCUUGCCAUCAAGGACCCUCUGUCACUAUACUGGGAGGAAUUCGAAAUCAUGUUUGUUUGGUUCGUUUUUGGUGCAGCCCAGGACAGAAGAGAGAUGUUGGAAGAGAUCAUGCGUAGAGGAACGAGCUCACUUGGAACAGAUGUGCCAAGCGAGAGAGAAAUUAACCGCCUUGCAGCCCGUUCUGAUGAGGAAUUCUGGCUGUUUGAGAAGAUGGACGAGGAGAGAAGACAAAGAGAGAAUUAUAGAUCUCGUCUCAUGGAAGAGCAUGAGGUACCAGAAUGGGCAUAUACGGCACCUGCUAACCCGGAAGACAAGGCUAAAGGUUCCGAAUAUGACAGUGGCAGUAUCUUGGGAAAGCGGAGGAGAAAAGAAGUAGUUUAUAGUGAUUCAUUAAGUGAUAUACAGUGGAUGAAGGCAGUGGAAAAUGGAGAAGACUUGUCUAAGUUUUCAAUUAAAGGAAAAAGAAGGGACCAUCUAUCAUAUGAGGCCCAUGAAUCACCCAAUAACGAUGCAGGAGUGGGAAGAAAGGUAGUGGCUAGUAAUAAUUCAGGACUAGAGAAAAAGGUUAUUGAAUUAGGUAAUGAGAAUGUUCCAGCUGCAAGUGAAGGAACCAGUGAUGAUACCUUCUCUUCUGUCCCGAAGAGACUUAAGUCUGGUGGGGAAACAGUUGAAAGAUCUGAAAAGCAAGGUAUUGAAAAAUUUGAACAUCAGAAUGAAGGAGGAAAUGAUUGGAACAGAAAUAUUUUUACAUGGAAUACCCACAGAAAGAAAAGGUCAAGCUAUGUCAUCCAGAGUUCAUCUUCUGAUUCUAGAGGGCAGAAUUCUAAUGGAAGGGGGGCAGGUAACGGAUGGAUUUGAUGGAAAAUGAUGUUACAAAAACGUUGAUGGAAAUAAUUGAAGAAAAUGAAUUUUAAAGUAAAUGCUCUGUGCCAUAUUUUAAGGAAAUUGAGGGAUGGGGUUGAAGGCUGUGUGACCAUUGUUCUUGCUAGACUGCUGGCUGAUUCAUUUUGUAAGUGACUCUUUAAACUGGUGCAUCACAGCUUUUGCUCAUUCCACCUCUCCCAUUCAUUUUGGUAAGAAAAAUUUAAGGUGUUGUGUUAUUAUCAGAAGCAGUGUAAUAUUAUUUAAUCUAUAGAAUGAAAUGCAGUUCUCUUU